AGUGUUCAUUGUAAUAAAAUCGUCCUUUAUCAACAUGAGUUUUGUUUAAAAUAUGCAUUCUGUUUCGGUAUCGUUGUUCCGAUUUCGCACUGAUUAUCGAUAAACGAAUUAACGAAUGAUAGCAAUAUGCAGUUAUCCCAUCACUAUUUCGGUUUGCCGAUUGCCGCACACGUGCUGAGAUUUUGUGAUAUUUUUUAUUUUCUACUUAUUUGCACUUAGCAAAACUUGUAAAGCGCCAGAAAUCGUUACUUCUUGAGAAAUACUAUUAAACAACAUAAAUCAACGGCAUCAUAUUUGAUUAUUCCUAGUUAUAAAGGCAUAUGGCAAUGGUGUCAGAGGCGAAGGUGAAUGGUGGAGACAUGGAGACCCCUGCGGGUGAGCUCCUGCCAGCACUUGUUGAAAAACCUGCUGGUUUACCACCUGGCAAGUAUUCACUUGUUGGAUGGGAUAUGGAUACUACUGGACGUAGGCUCAUUGAUGAAAUAUGUCAGAUAGCUGCGUAUACGCCUAAGCAAUCAUACUCGCAAUACAUAAUGCCCUAUGGAGACUUGAACCCGGGUGCUCGUCGGCGUCAUAAUGUCCGAGUUGUAACUGUUGGACGAUACCGGAUGCUCAAGGACACAAAUACUCAUAAGAUACUAAAAACAAAAUCGGAAAUAUCAGCGCUAUCGGAUUUUCUAGAUUGGCUGGAGAAGGAAAAAGGUGAUGGCAGUGUGAUUUUAAUCUACCAUGAACCACGUCGCCUCAGCCCAACCAUGUUGCUUGAAGCACUCACUCGCUAUAAGUUGCUGGACCGCUUCAAGUCAAUUGUGGCCGGAUUUACGGACAGUUAUGCGUUGGCGGCCGACAAAUGCAAGUCUACGGUGAAGUCAGUAUCCUUACGAGUACUAGCGCGAGUAUUGCUUGAUGCUGACUCUCUCUCUGUGGAUAGUGCACUGGACAGAGCCACAGCUGCUUACCGCAUUGUAGAACACCUAGCUCAAGGUGAACAACAAGAAGUUGGUGCUGGAGGCGAGGGUACAGCGGCCAGUAAAGACAUGGUGGAGACGGCUCGGCUUUGGGCUAGACCUGUCCAUACUGAACUAGAAGCACUAGCUAAUCUUAAGAAGUUGCUUGAGAGGCAAAACACGUUCAGACCCGUCUUCGCGCCGUUACUUCGUUCUGCGAAACCGGAACGUAAACGUGUAACACAACUUCGGCGGCUUCUCGCCGACGCCGGACUAUUGUAUGACCAAAUUCGUGACGCGUGGCAGGAACAGAAGCUUACUGGUUUAGAAAAACAAUUACAGGCACUGUCUGUGUCUGCCAAGGAAGAAGACAUAAAGGAGCUCAUAGAAAUUUUUGAUUGUCAUUUCGAUCCUGCCAAAGAACCAAAAGGACCUAAACCAAGAGUUACAAACAGAAAUAGAGCGACGUCGUCGGCGGGUGAAACAGGCGAAGCGGAAGGCAGCACUAGUGAGUCACAAAAAAGUUCUCCACAAAAUUCACCUAACAAGACGAGCAAUGAUGUAGCAGCAGAGGAUACUAGUCAAACGGUAGCGGCUCCCGAAGCAGUUGCAGCAGCCAACUAACGACCAUCGCCUACCAUCAGUUAGAAUUUUCUACAACAUUACUGUCAUUUAGUAUUGUAACAGCGCCAUAGGGAUGUGACAAAACAUUUAUUCGUAUUAUACAUUUAGGUUUAAGUCUUUGGAAUUGAAAGAUAUUUGUUUUGCAUGCAUUGGUGAACGAGUUUACACAUUUACAUAUUUUUUGUUAACCAACUCCCUCCCAUUGUUCAUUUUGCUUUACGCAUAAUACAUUUAUAAUAUAUACAUAAAUAGAUGAUAAUUGUAGAUGAGUGCCUUAGCGACUCAGUAUAAUGAGAUAUAACUUUUGUAUGCCCACAUUUUUGUGUCUGUCGGAGCCGUAAAUAUAACGCUGUUGUGUAUAGGAGAGUUAAAUUUGUCGAUUUUUUUCAAUCGGCGCACUUUAUACGGUUACGUCAAUCAGUGUUGAGAUGAAUUAUUGUUUGUGAUUUAUGGGACGUUGCAUAGGUUCUUACUAUUUUUAAUACCCAACUUGUAUGGCAUAAUAUUUAUUUUUAUUUUAAAAGUUCUUAUUAAGAGGAUAUAAGAGUACAAUAUAGUACUACGUUUUAUUUAUUGCAAAGAUACUUUAUUUAUUUUGUUUAAUGUGUGCAAUCACAUUGGAACGGAUGGACUGAUUUUUACAUCCGAUAUUUUUUUACAUUCUAUUUAUUUGUUUAUUUUUUCACAUGCAUUGUUACUAGGCUGGAUUACGCAUAUUUCGCUUUACUAAAGUGCUUUGGUCGCAUAUCAUUUUACUUUUGCCAUAGAUGAACUUCUUAAUGGUUAAGUUUUCAUACCAUACAAUAAGCUAUGUAAUAAAAACAGUGUGUACCUAUUAACUUUUUAGUUAGUUUUAACAUAGACUGUACAUAUUAUUUAAUUUUCUUAUUUUGUUCAGAUCUCUAAUAAAUAUGUAAGAGUCUAU